GGAUUUCCGAACCGCAUCUCUGUUGCAUCUCAAGGCGUCUUGAUAAACGCCUUUUGAUUCCAUCAACUGUUUUUCAAUCUUCAUCUUCAAAUUCAGUCAGUUAAUCAGCGAAAAUGAGAGAGUGCAUCUCGAUUCACAUCGGUCAGGCCGGAAUUCAAGUCGGAAAUGCAUGCUGGGAGCUCUACUGCCUCGAACACGGCAUUCAGCCUGAUGGCCAGAUGCCAAGUGACAAGACAGUUGGAGGAGGUGACGAUGCCUUCAACACCUUUUUCAGUGAAACUGGUGCUGGGAAGCAUGUCCCUCGUGCCGUCUUUGUUGAUCUUGAGCCAACUGUCAUUGAUGAAGUGCGGACUGGUACUUAUCGCCAGCUGUUCCAUCCAGAACAACUGAUCAGUGGCAAAGAGGAUGCUGCCAACAAUUUUGCACGUGGUCAUUACACAAUUGGGAAAGAGAUCGUCGACCUCUGCUUGGAUCGUAUCCGAAAGCUUGCUGACAACUGCACCGGUCUUCAGGGCUUUCUGGUUUUUAACGCUGUUGGUGGGGGUACUGGAUCUGGUUUGGGCUCCCUGCUUCUGGAACGACUCUCUGUUGACUACGGGAAGAAGUCCAAGCUUGGUUUCACCGUCUACCCGUCCCCACAAGUCUCAACUUCCGUUGUUGAGCCGUACAACAGUGUCCUUUCUACCCACUCACUCUUGGAGCACACCGAUGUCGCCAUUCUUCUUGACAACGAAGCUAUCUAUGAUAUCUGCAGGCGAUCUCUUGACAUUGAACGUCCUUCAUACAAAAAUCUUAAUCGUCUGAUCUCACAGGUUAUUUCAUCCUUGACUGCAUCUUUGAGGUUUGAUGGUGCCCUGAACGUUGACGUGACGGAGUUCCAGACCAACUUGGUUCCAUACCCGAGGAUCCACUUCAUGCUUUCCUCUUACGCUCCAGUGAUUUCAGCCGAGAAGGCAUAUCACGAGCAACUAUCUGUUGCUGAGAUCACCAACAGCGCCUUUGAGCCGACUUCCAUGAUGGCUAAGUGUGACCCGCGUCAUGGCAAGUACAUGGCAUGCUGUCUGAUGUACCGCGGUGACGUUGUCCCAAAGGAUGUGAAUGCCGCAGUUGCAACCAUCAAGACAAAGAGGACGAUCCAGUUUGUUGACUGGUGUCCUACUGGUUUCAAAUGUGGUAUCAACUACCAGCCGCCAACUGUGGUGCCUGGUGGAGACCUUGCUAAGGUGCAGAGGGCUGUUUGCAUGAUCUCAAACUCAACUAGCGUGGCUGAGGUGUUCUCUCGCAUUGACCACAAGUUUGACCUGAUGUAUGCUAAACGUGCCUUUGUUCACUGGUACGUGGGUGAGGGUAUGGAGGAAGGAGAAUUCUCUGAAGCUCGUGAGGAUCUUGCUGCGUUGGAGAAGGAUUAUGAAGAGGUUGGUGCUGAAGGUGGCGAGGAUGAGGAUGAUGAAGGAGAUGAGUACUAGAUUUUAUAGUGGUGUGUAUGUUUGGAUUGUGAUGGAUGUUAUGUUAUGUUUGUUGCCAUGUGACAGCAGUAUCUUUUAUGUUUUAAAACUGUGUAAUCUUUUGUUUGAUUCAAGUAUUGUGGAGUUGUAUUGUAUUGUAUGCAAUCAUGUUUUUAAUCUUUAAAUAUAAUUGUCUAGUAAUCUGGCCCA